ACAGCCGUCAGUCAGACCCCGGAACAACAAUUCAAGAGCGAUAGUGGCGCAAAAAUGGCUGAAGAUAGUAUUCCCGACCUUAACCGACCCCAGAUGUAUUUAUUUGGUUGUUCGCUCAAGGCAGAUAAAAAAGAAUACAAAGUCGAAGUGGACGAUGAUGAAGCUGAACACCAGCUGUCACUCAAAGCGGUGUGUCUGGGUGCAGAGGCGGAGGAUAAGUUUCAUACCGUGGAGAUCGAGGGAAUGACGUAUGAAGGGAAGUCCACAAAGUUGCCCCUAGUGGUACUUAAACCCUCUGUGUUACCAUCGGUGAGUUUGGGGGGGUUCAAGGUCACCCCUCCCGUCUGCUUCCGGCUCCAGUCAGGAAGCGGCCCAGUCUACAUCAGUGGCCAGCAUUUUGUCAGUGUGAAGGACUCUGACGAUGAAGAGGAGGAGAACAACACAUCACCAGUGAAGAGGCCCUCCAACAUGAUGUCAGGAAAAGCUCCUCCAAAGAAAAAGCUGAAAGUUGAUUCUGACGAGGACGAAGACAGUGAAGAUGACGAGGAUGACAGCGAGGAUGAGGAUGACGAAGAUGAUGAUGAUGAUGAAAAGCCGGCCAUCAAGAUGAGUUCAAUAAAAUCACCUAAGAAGGCGCUGGGAGGAGGGAGAGAUAAGACGGGGCCCAGCACGUCCUCCAAGGGUCCCAGCCUGGCUGACGUCAAGGGCAAGCUGACAGCCGCCGUCAAGGAGGGCAAACCACUUCCAAAGACGGAGCAGAAGUUUGAGAAUUUCGCUAAAAGUUCCUUCAAGAUCACAGAUAAGCAAGUGGUGAAAGACCUCUGGAAGUUCUUACAAACGCUGAAACCGGAUAAAAAAUAAUGAUCCACUGCGCCGCUGUUGCCCUGUUAUUUACUGUACCUGUCCCCUGCGCCAUUCUUUGUCCCUCUCCGCUCUCUGAAGACCUGGAUGGAGGUGUGUGUGUGUGUGUGUGUGUCCUUACCAAGCACUGUGCAAUGUGCUCACACACCACGGCCUCUGGCUCUCUCUAGUCCGAUACCUUCCAGUGUACCUGUGUUUUGAGCUCUUGAAUAUGAAAAGGAACCAGCGAGGUCUCUGGAUUACUGCUGUUACGUGGACAGUCUCAAGCCAGUCACUAAGCAUCCUGUGUAGGCACUGUGUCAUUUAGAGGAAUUAUAAACGAUAAGAAGGCUAUCGCUACAGUAACCAAACUGUAAUAGUGGAAAUAACACUGCUUAUUUCCAAAAAAAUGUAAAACACAAAAAAAGUUAGUGUAACAGGCUUAAGAUUAGAUUACUUUAUUUUUUUUUCCUUAUUUAGUUUCUGCCACUGGAUUGGUUAGUUUUAAGUUGUGUAUAAUGUAAUGUUCCAGCUUUCAGGUAUAAUUUUAAUGUGCUGUUCUGGCAGCAAACUGAUACCAUAGACAAUUACUUCCUAUAACUGGCACGACUCCUUGCCCUUACCGCAGCAGAGUAGAAAAAAACACACUCAGUGGCAGUGUGAUGAUAUGAAGCUGAACAAACAUGACUGCCGAUUUGAUUCUUUGACAGUAAAAGUGUAUUGUCCUUCUAAAUCUAUUUGUCAGUCUUCAAAGCAGUCAUUGCGACACUGGACAUCUACUGUGCAGAACAUCCACUGUGAGUGUGUUUAGUGUCAAUAGGCUUUUUGUUCUCUGAAUGGACAGAUACUAUUGUCUCUGGUAAUUGGCAGUUAAUUAGGCACAGCCUUUGUAGUUACCAAAACAAAUCCAGAAUUGUCCUUUGACAUUGCAUCUCAGUCUCAAGUUUUGUUCUUAGGCACUUGCAGAUGCUUCAGCCAUAUCCAUGUCCUGCUAUGGUUGGCAUAUCAGUGGCUGCAGUAAGUUUUCCCGUCUCAAUACUCUGUACAUACCUGUGGAAAAGCUUUGGCAAUGGCAGCUUUGGGAAGGCUAGUUGUGAGGUCCAAGACUCCGUACCUAAGGGUUCCGUCUCCCGGCAAAGAUUCCGUCUGCCUCUGAGGACUCUGUUUGUGCCAAGGGUUCCGUCUGGCCCUGCUUAUUCCGUCUGACUUCACUUCCAGCACAUUCCCCAUCCCCUCCGGCUCACCCCAGCAGAGCUGCAAGGCAAGGAGGGGAUGCACAACAAUGAGCAGCUGGAGCCCCUUUAAUGCUUCCACCAGAGGAUGGCACGUGGCCAUGGAGCGCUGACAUUGGGAAAGACCCCACUCAUAAUUCACAUCGAACGAAAAGGACAGUGCUGAAACUAAGCUGAGGGAGCAGAGUUGAAAAGAAGAAGAAAAAAAAAAACCUCAUCUGUUUCGGCCAUGUACGACAGUUUGUUUUAAUGUGAAAUUCUGGCCUCUUGGAAGAUCUUGUGUUUUUUUUUUUUGUUUGUUUGUUUUUUUCCCUCAUUUGCUUGCAAUAUGUCACCCUCUGUGUUGCUUUGUUUACAGCGCCAGUAAUGUAGAAAGAGUAUCAAUGCCUGGAACCAAUAUCAGAAAAGCUGAGUAUUUGUUAUGGUAAAGGGACGGUAAAAUGCUAUGUGCUUGUCAUUUGUUUUUCUUUAAUGGUUUUUGACUUCUUUUGACUUCUUUUACUCUGUUAAGAAUCAGUCUGGGAAACUUUGAUUUUGGAUUAAUGAUCGACUGAAUCAAUCUGGUUUAGAUAUAGGCUACCUAACAGUAGGUAUAUAGUAUGAUGAUGUCAAGGUAGUCUUUUCCCUGAUAUAUCGUUCAAGGGGUAAAUGUGAUUUAGAUUAACCUGAGCCUUGCUAAUUUAAUUCAGGGCAAGUUGAAGACACUCCAGCCCUUCUGGAAAUGUCAAAGCCAUCACAGUGUCAGUUGUCUGUAAUUUUUUGUUUUAACUCGCAGGCUCAGAGUUCUUGAGUUCUCCUGGUUGGGGGGUGGGGGGGAAGGGUGUGUGUUAUAAUGGUUGUCUUGUUAAUGCUUGGCUUGUUCCGCAAACAUUUUUACAAAUAGUUUCAGUGUACCAUAAAUAAAUGGUAAUGAUUCUGA